AUGGUUGCAGGGCUCGCUCGUGACUGGUCGAGAUCCCUGUGGGAGAUCCUGAGAAAGAAAAUUAAUAAUCUGUACUCAUAUUUACUCAAAACCUAUGAUAAUGAGAUACGGUUUAGAACGAUCACUAAUCCGACUCCCACCUUGCAGAUUCUCGAACAAGAGAAGCACGGACUGCGCCGGAAGCUGACCGCGACCGAGAGCGAAUAUGAGGUCAAAAUCCAAGAACUCUCCGUUGACCUUCAUCAUGCAAAGUCCGAGAUCGCAGAGCAGCGCGAGGCCGUGCGCCAGAGCGAGCGAGACAAAAGUCAGCUGAUCGACCAACUCACGGAACAGAACCAGCGACUCACCACACAGCUGAAAGACAGCUCCAAGCAUGAGCAGCAACUGGAGCAACAACUGCAACUCCUUCGGGAUCAGUUCAACAUCCGAAAGUCGAACAUGUCGGAACAGGUGUCGACGCUGGAGGUCCUGCGGCAGGAAAUCGACAUCUUGACCGACAAGAAGAUCGAACUUGAGCGAAGGAUCGACAGCCUCUUGAGCGACCGCGAAGGACUCAGCGUCAACCUCGACGAGUCCGCCGACAGGAUCCAGAUGCUCGAGAAACAGUACAGGGAGCAGGAGAUCAUGCUCCGAAACAGCCACCGGGAACUCGAGGACCUCCGCCACACGAACGAGUCCUUGACGGGUCGUCUGGAGGCCGUGAGUCGAAAUUCCUCCUCGCCUUCCAUGGGGCAGACGUCGCUCCUCAACGAGAUGGACAUGUCGGACCACGAGGCGUCCCGACCCCACUCGCACCCCAGCAUGCAAGAGGACCUGCUGGACAUGGACGAGUUCGAGUGCGACGACCCCAUCAUUUACCCGACUUCGGACGCCGAGACUCUCAAGACCGACACACCUUCUCUGCGUCAGGAGGUGGUGGAAGUGAUCGGUCAGCUGCGGGUUCUGACGGACCAGCUGAGGCACCGCAGAAGGAACUCCCUGACGUCCCUCUCGACCAACUCCUCGGAUGAGCUCUCGCCGGAUAAGUUGAAGACCGGCGUCCUAGGAGCUGUGGCGAAGGAGUUACGCGGCCUGGUGCGGGACCUCCUUCGUCGAGAGGCCCAGGGGCAGUGCGGUGCUUGCGGACGCGGCGGAGAGGACCGUGUUCAGCUGGAACAGGAGGUCCACCGCGCCCUCGAAGCUGUCGACAAGCUGAACAUCGAGCUUAACGAGACCAAAGAUAAACUCAAGGCCAAGAGCGACGAGGCCGAUGAGUUCAGUCAUCAAGUGACACUCGGGGAGGCGCAGCUCAAAGCCGUCACAGAGGAGAGAGACAACCUCAAGCAUGACCUUGAGAACACGCACCUUGCCAAGGACGAACUGGUCAAGAAGGCGUGGGACAUGCGAGACAACGCCGUGGCCCGGAAGAACGCUUGCGAGAUCGAGCUGGCAAGGACCCGCAUCGACGUCAUGCAGAUCAACUCGCAGCUCAUGGAGGCCAUCCAGCAGAAGGUCGAGCUCUCGCAGCAGCUGGAGCAGUGGCAGGUGGACAUGCAGCAGCUCCUGGACGAGCAGAUGAGGAAGAAGCUGUCCAAGCUGGAGAUGGCCGCCGGAGCCUCACGGUCCCAGGUCCACGCCCAGACCAACGGCAGCGACUCCGACUCCUCCUGCAGCGGCAAGACCUCCCCGAGGAAGAACUCGCGCCUCUUCUCCCUGCUGACGACUCUCAAGCGGUAACCCCGAGACAUAGCUUACGAGAGCGAGAGUCAGCGGCCGGUUAGGGAAAGAAGGAAGAAACUGUAGCUUCAUCAGUGACUAUGUUCAUUCUGUUUUUCUUUAUUCGUGUGAAAGGAACGGAGUCGUCAUCUCUUGUAACACCUUUUUAAAAGAAAACCUGGAUUCUUUCUGUUGAUAUGAUUAGAACUACAACAAAACAGCGGAUUCACUUGUAACACUUUUUAAAAAAUCAAAAUGGCAUUAUUGUGUAUAUGUU